AUGGCUACUAAGAUACUCAGAACGCUUGAGGGACACGAACAGAUUGUUCCCCUUGAUGCAGAGAGACCUCCUCGUCGAUAUUGCAAGAGGCAAGCAUCAUUCGGAAGUGCUAAAGAGCAGCUUUCCCUGAAUGCAGAGAGAUUCGAAAUGGUGCACACUACAGAUUUUGAAUUAACAGAGCAUGCAGACAAUGGACAACAAGAUUAUCCAUUGAGUACUGAACACAAUGUGGCCACCAAGCCUCAGCAGACAAUCCUGGAAGGGCCCCCAAGUCCAGAAGUCGCUAUUAACAUGCCAGAGAAUAAGUCCUUGUCUGUUGCAGGCUGGAGGCAAUCUGAUGACCCUUUGCCAGGUGAUAAGUCCUCAUCUACACUAGGCUGGAGGCACCCUGAUGAACUAUUACAUACAAAGCAGACACCAGCAAGUGCUUACCUUACUGGGCUCACAGAAGUAGAUAAUAGUGGUACAGAGAGCAUAAACACUCAGGAAACUGGCAUUGAGGAUUCUGUCAGAAACGUUCCAGAAGGCCAGAAAGACAUUCAGAAACGUCCCUAG